AUGGCCGAGGAAGGAAACAUGGAACGAAUAGAAAUUAUCGAAGCAGCUAGCACUCUCAUUUCAUUGAGACGGCAUUUUGAAGAGCGUAUUCGAUGGCAAAGAUCGAGAACCACUCUCUUUACCCCUACUACACAAGUAUUCAACCCCUUUAACUAUGGACAAAUGUGGCCCUUUUAUAAGCCCUUCCCAUAUGACGUCACAGCUUUAUCCCUUAUGCAUCACCAUCCCCCCUUCCCCUUUCAAAUCUCGCCGUACAUGGUUGGUCCGCCAAGGCCGUGGUUUCCGGCCCCGCAAGUCUCUUUUCCAAGUCCUCUUAGAAAUAGAGAGAGUCUUGCAGACUCUUUACCUUCAACGCCGAUAUCCUCGACGCCUCCCAGAACGACGCAAAUACCAGUUGCUAUGGAAACUGGAGAAGGUUCAUUACAUGACGAAAAUGGUGAUAGUGGCGAACAAGACGAGUCUACAACUGCGACAAACGACAAGUACGAUCAGAAAAGAAAAAGGCGUAAUCUAACAAAAAGACAACAAGAAAUCCUAGAGAAGGCCUACUACACGACCAAAUAUCCGCACAUAGAAGAGAGACUUAGACUCGGCAAAGCUACACAGCUCACAGAAGACCGAAUACAGAUCUGGUUCCAAAACCGACGUGCAAAAGACAGGCGGAUGACAGAUAGUAUAAAAUCGCCUCCUCGAAAACCAGCUGAACUUGAAAAUAACGAAAUCCCGAAUCAAGAGGAUGAGGCAGUACACGUGAAAGUCGAGGGAGGGGAGGGUGAGGACGAUACACAAUGCACCCCUGGUGAUGAUCGUGAAUACUGUGGAGAGCCAAGUCCUAAAAGAAUCAAACAAGAAAAAUAACACACAAAACAACUUUCAAAAACAGAAAGUAACUAAUAAGAUCCUCUUUAAGUCACAUGACCAAUGUUGGCCGUAUUAGACAAAGGUGGUCACAUUUGACCUCCAA